CACGUUCAGAACGCUUCUGUCAUAUAAAUAGUGCGAGCUGACAAGUUGGGGCAUCAGAAGCUCGCUUGCGCCCUUUUGCUUCUGUUUUUUGCCAGAGCACCCUACUGCGUCUAAAAUAAUAUCAGUUUGAUUCCUUCCUUCCUCCACAAGACUUUACCAACAUGGGUAAAGGAGGUGCUUAUCCAGACCAAAUGUUCAAAACAGCAAAAUGGGCGACCCUUGCGGUCAGCUUUUUGACUUCGCUGCUAGGUGCAGCGCUCAUCGGUUUGGGUGUCUACGGGCUACUCAACCCUCUAGGCUCGGCACUGGUGCCGAUGACACUCCCAAUAGUAGCAAUUGCAGUGGGAACGUCGGUCUUCAUCCUUUCGAUUUUAGGAUGCUUCGGUUCAGCUAUGGAGCAUCGUACCAUUGUGUGGGUUUAUUUUGGAAUAAUGCUGGCUCUUGUCAUCUUGCAAUUUGUGGUUGGAAUCGUUGCGUUAACCAACCGCGGUGAUACCAUCAAUGAAUUAGUCGACAAGCGGUGGGACUAUCUUUACCACAACAAACCGCGACACAUCCGCGAUAUCGAAGAUCAGUACGAGUGCUGUGGACUAAAGUACCUUAAUGACCGAGCGUGGCCCAAAUAUGGCGAAACAUGCACUGAAAAGUUUGGCUACCAGCGCUCGUGUUUGGGCCCUGUAAAGAGGGAAUGGGAUGAGAGGCAAAAGCAGUUCGGAAUUGGUGUUUGCGUGCUGGCGGCCCUGCAGCUUCUGGGGCUUAUCCCAACGUACUACCUUGCAAGCCGACUUCCAUCUCCUGAAGAACGCGAGAGGGACCUGCUUGAAGAGCACCGCCGUCUCCUACAUGAGACGCAGAAUCGAGGAGGAUAUGGAACCCACGGUCAAGGUCCAUGGGAAGGUGCACGCCCAGGUGGAACUCUCCAGCAUCCCGUUGGUGGACCUGCAGGAGCUUACACGUACCCUACCAACCGUCCUGGUUCGCGAGGUGCCUGAAAAAGAUGUAGUGUAGUGUAGUUGUCGACAGUUCGAAGUUUGUGAUUAACGUUGUUGUGCUCCCAUGGGGACGUAUGCAGUUCCUGUCUGCAAACAUAUCGUUCGAAGUGACGAAGCAUGAGUGAGAGGUAAAAAGCGUGUUGUUUGUAUAUUCCAUAGCAAUCUUAAACAGCUUAUAGUGCGCGGAGAGGGUGAAUUUGUAUUGAUGUGUAUUGAAAUUCGCACGGUUUAGUUUACCAUUAGCAUCUUGCGCGAAUAUCAGAUUGGAAUCUCUCUUCCUAGUCCAAUGGUCUCAGGGCGACACUUCCAACCUGCAAUAACAAUUAUCUAC